UACAACCAAUGUCACUAAUUACCCGCGAAGAGAUAACAGCGACGCCGUAAUUUGCAUUAGAUUUGAUUACAGGUUGCGAGGUAAAAUCGUCUCCAAAUCCGAACACAGAGUAGCCAUUUGUUUACACUCGUCAGCUGGGAGACAAAGAGAACGUCGAGCUGAUUUUCCCUCGAAAAGAUCUGCCAUAGAUUCAGCAUGGCUGAUGUUACCUCUAUAGAGCACCCUACUCUCAAGGUACCAUAUGAUGUCCUGAACAAGAAGUUUCGCUUGGCGCAGAAGACCCUGGAUAGGGAAGUGUGCCAUGUGACAACCGCAGUCUCAGAGCUUGAGAGGGUCCUCUUCACAGAUAACCGUAGUGCCUCGCAUAUCUCGUCUCUACUAGGGGGUGUAGUGGAAAAGUUGUCUUCCUUUAAACGAAAGGCAGAAGAGGCAACGCAGGAGGAGAUCGAGUGUGGACGUGUUGUCAAGCGACGUGUUGAUCAUGUGAAGGAACACGACUCUCUCAGUCCUUCUGUUGUGGCUGAGUGGAAGCGUACCAGAUUGGAUCGACUUUUAGUAGAGUAUUUGCUUAGAGCAGGUUGCUACUCCACCGCAACUAAGUUGGCCAGCACACGAGGGAUUGAAGGGCUGACCAACCUGGAUGUGUUCCUAGUAGCCCGAGAAGUGGAGCAGUCCCUAGCUUGCCGUGACACAACCAAGUGCCUUGCCUGGUGCCACGAUAAUAAGAGUAAAUUGCGGAAAUUGAAUUCUUCUCUAGAAUUUAACGUCCGAAUGCAAGAGUUUAUCGAGUUGAUCAAGAGUGACCGUCGGAUGGAAGCAAUUCGGCAUGCAAGAAAGCACUUCACUGGACAGGAUCCUGCUCAUUUACCAUCUAUACAAAGGUGUAUGGCACUUAUCGCCUUCCCCUCCGGCACUGAUGUUAGCCCUUACAAAGAAUUGCUCUCAGAUGUACGGUGGGAUCAGCUGAUUGAACAGUUUAGAGCAGAGAAUCUCAAGUUGUACCAGCUUUCCUCACAGUCUGCCUUUUCUGUUGUACUUCAGUCUGGUCUCUCUGCGCUGAAGACUCCACACUGCUAUAGGGGUGCAACCGGUCACAACCCAGACUGUCCUGUGUGCCAGCGUUCUCUGAAUGCGUUGGCAGCUCCUCUUCCUUACGCCCACUGCUCACAGUCUCGGCUCGUGUGUCACAUAAGCGGGGACCAGCUCAAUGAAAACAACCUGCCGCUUAUGUUGCCAAAUGGAUAUGUUUAUGGGCAGAAGGCACUUCAACAAAUGGCAAACGAGAACAACGGCACGAUUGUCUGUCCACGAACACGACAAACUUACAAUAUUCGAGAUGCUGAAAAAGUGUUUGUGAUGUGAGCAUCUUUGAUCAGUUUAGGAUACGUUUGUAAGAUUAUAAAACAUCUAACACAUGUCAUAAAGUAUGCCAUACUGUUCUUAUUCUUAUCAUCGUUAUUCUUUUAUAAUACAGUAAUUGCUUUUUAAUGGAAUUUACACUGUUGUACAGUGUCUUUAGUUAUUAUUUUUUUCUAGAGACCUAAAGAUAACAAAUGGAACUUGAUACAGAUUCUUUGUCAAGAUUGUUAUCAUUUAGGAAAGAUGAGAAAAAAAUCACAUUCUCUUUCUUCUACCUUAGAUCUAUAAUUUAAGGAUUAAUUGAUUAAGUUGCAAGUAUUUUGUGUUGUUGAUCAAGCUACUUUGUUUUUAGAAGCUGGAUCUUUGCAUGCUGUUCAUCUUUUUUAUGUAAGAAUAAGUCUAUCAGGGAUAUAAGAUAUGAGAUUAUCUGGAAACCAAGUUGCAGCCAUGACAGGGAUAUCAUUUUUUCUUUUUUUCCGUAUCUUUGUUAGCAUUGUUUAAAGAGCUUUUCGAGUUGGAGUUUGUUCUUUUAAGUUGCCACAGUUUAGUUCUUAUGUUUUGGGUGUUGAGCCAGAGGGGUUUAUGGAUAUGCUGCUCACUUACUGGCUGCAUUUAUGAUAUGCAGGGAAUGCAGUCCAUU